GCAUUGCACUUUUGAUUUAAAUUAUAUUCAAAUGGUUAUUGUCCAAACAUAACACUCUUUUCUAUAUAUAGGUAGUCUCUUCAAUAUCACAAAUACUCGAAUCACAAUAUUAAACACUUAAAUAAUUCAUAAUUUUCUUGUAGAAAAGAUUCAAAAACAAGUACAAGCAGUGAAAGCUCAAGAGAGAGAAAUGAUGGGUAGCUUGAAAAUGGUCUUUCCACCACCUCCGGUGACAAGAUUCCGGCAACGGGUAACGGCGAACGGAGAUGGGUUUCCGGCAUUUCUUCCGAAGGAGAUACAGAACAUAAGAGACCCAUUUGCAAGAGCUUUAGCUCAAAGGAUUGUACGAAUUCCUGUUCCUCUUCAGGUGGGAAACUUUAGAGGCAGUGUAAUGAGUAGCUGCAUCAAACCACUUGUUCAAUUACAUGACAAAAGUCCUGUUGUUCUUCUCCAUUGUUUCGACAGUUCUUGUCUUGAAUGGAGACGCACUUAUCCUCUGCUUGAACAAGCUUGUCUUGAGACUUGGGCUAUUGAUGUUCUUGGUUGGGGUUUCUCAGAUCUUGAGAAACUACCACCAUGUGAUGCAGCAUCUAAGCGACAUCAUCUAUUCGAGCUUUGGAAAACAUAUAUCAAACGACCAAUGAUCUUAGUUGGACCAAGCUUAGGAGCAACCGUAGCAGUUGAUUUCACUGCUACAUACCCCGAAGCUGUUGAUAAAUUGGUUCUUAUUAAUGCCAAUGCGUAUUCUGAAGGAACCGGUCGGCUCAAAGAGUUACCAAAAUCCAUCGCUUACGCUGGGGUAAAGUUGUUAAAGUCAUUCCCUCUGCGCCUUUUGGCCAACGUCUUAGCCUUUUGUUCCUCACCCUUAUCCGAGAACAUAGAUUGGACUAAUAUUGGCCGGUUACAUUGUCAAAUGCCAUGGUGGGAGGAUGCUAUGGUCGAUUUUAUGAUUAGUGGAGGCUAUAACGUCGCAUCACACAUCAAACUCAUCGACCAUAAGACGCUCGUUGUAUGCAGUGAGAACGAUCAGAUUGUUAGCAACCAGCUCUCAGUUAAAUUGUUGUGUGAGCUAGCAAAUGCGGUUUUACGGGAAGUACCAGAUUCCGGUCAUCUUCCACAUGUUGAGAACCCUAAACACAUUGUGAAGCUGAUAUCGGAUUUCGCCAGUGGAAAGCUCUAUUGAUUCCAUAUACUGUAAACUCUGCUUCAAACUCAUUGAUUGGCUACAGAGGAAGGAGUUAUAACUUAUAUAUGAUUAAUAAAAUACAAAUUAUUAGAUUAGUCCAUGAUGAGCCUGGGAUGGCUAUAUAUAUAUGUAUUUGUUUUAUGAAAAAAGGAAGCAAUAGAAACAUCUACAUAAUCAUUUUCUAAGCUAUAAAUUAUAAGUGUAUUGAUUUAAA